ACUCUUCCUCAAUAAACAGUAACCAAAUAAUCAUCGUCAUCAUCAAUUUCUUGCACAUCAUCGAGCGCUAGAUAACCUAUAAAAACUCCAUUUUCAAUGAUAAAAACGCAAGAAACAGGAAUCCCAUUGCCCAUACUCGAUUAUUUAUUCUCUUUCUUCCAUUAGUUUAAGCACUCGCUUUGUCUUCAAGCCUACUUUAGCUGCUAUUACAAGCCAAAUACACUUGCAACACUUUCUUUAUCACUGGUAUUUUUUCUUCGUGUGUUUUCUUAUUCUUCUUUCAUUCUAAGGGUGACGUAUACUCUUUCUCUAUCCAAUUCUAUACUCUUUUUUUUUAGGGUUCAACUAUUUUCUAGCUCUGUGUCGACAAAAUGGUUUCUCUUAAUCCAAUCACUCAAUCCCAAUCUUUAUUUAACAAAACCCACUUCCAAGUUUCCCCAUGUCACUCUCUUUCGACUGAUAAUUUCCAAUCCAUUUUUAUACCCAAAAGAGUUUCUUUUCAGUUUCAAUUCCCUCUCUCUCUGAGAAUUGUGAAUAUGCCCAUGAAAGCUGCUGCUGUUGUUUCCGCCACCACUGCGGAGAAGCCUAAAAAGCGCUACCCAGGAGAGGCUAAGGGGUUUGUGGAGGAGAUGAGGUUUGUAGCGAUGAAGUUGCAUACCAGGGAGCAGGCUAAAGAAGGGGAGAAGGAGGUUGAGAAGCCAGAGGAGCAGGCUGUCCCCAAAUGGGAGCCUUCUGUUGAGGGGUACUUGAGGUUUUUGGUGGAUAGCAAGUUGGUUUAUGAUACUCUUGAAUCCAUUGUUGAGAAGCCGGCUUAUCCUUUUUAUGCUGAGUUCAAAAACACUGGAUUGGAAAGAUCGGAAAAGCUGGCAAAAGAUUUGGAGUGGUUCAAAAAACAAGGCUAUGCCAUUCCAGAGCCUUCUUCUCCUGGUACCAAUUAUGCACAGUGUCUAAAGGAAUUAUCAGAGAAGGACCCUCAAGCUUUUAUUUGCCACUUCUACAAUAUAUAUUUUGCCCACACUGCUGGUGGUAGAAUGAUUGGGAAGAAGGUUUCUGAGAAGAUACUUAACAAAAAGGAAUUGGAGUUCUAUAAAUGGGAUGGUGACCUUUCCCAACUAUUGCAGAAUGUUAGGGACAAGUUGAAUAAAGUUGCUGAGAGCUGGACUAGAGAGGAGAAGAACUAUUGUUUGGAAGAAACUGAAAAGUCAUUCAAAUAUUCAGGGGAAAUCCUCCGUCUAAUAUUAUCAUGAUGUGCAUAGUUCCUUGAUCUCCUUGUAAUGUUGCGGAACGAUGCGUAGGCCUAAGUAUUCAUGUUUACAUUGAAAACAAGCAGUAUUCUUCAAUGAAAUGAAACUGCUGUUCUAGUACAUUAGAACUUCAUCCAACAUAUGAAUACAUUAGGAAUAUGAACUUUGAUUUGACCAAGCCAUUAUGGUAAUGUGGCAGACCUUUUAUUAAUAUUUUAGUCACUAAAGUGCAUCCACUCAUUAUUGAAUUUCCAUUAUUUUGCCCGAGAA